UAAAUCAUAGAAGACACUGGAGAGCUGCACGCUGCCACGUGAGGCCUGCUCCCCUGUGUGACUAAUAAUGAGGAAGGAUGUGGAUGGAUCUCAUCAGAGGAAGUCAGACUCAUGGCAAUUUAGUUGUAGUGGUAAUUGAAGAUGUUGAAGAAAUAACUGAAUGGAAGAUGAGGGAGAAGCAGAAACCCAAGAAAACUUGUAAGAAACAAACAAAAGCAGCCACAGAGAUCCAGGCCUGGUGGCGUGGCACCCUGGUACGCCGGACCUUGCUACAUGCAGCCCUCAGGGCCUGGAUCAUUCAGCGCUGGUGGAGGCUGACCUUGGAUAGCCUGCUGCAGAAGAAGCGAAAGCAAGCCCUUGUCACCUAUGCAAAUACAAUGAGGGCAGUGGUCAAGAUCCAGUCCUUGGUCCGUAUGUGGCGUAUCCACUGGCGAUACCAUCAGGUGCUCAAUGCCAUCUAUGUCAUCCAGUGCCACUGGCAAUGCCACAACUGCAAUACCUGUGCUCUCCUCCGGGGCCACUGUGUAGUCACAGCCAGUCACCUGCAGUUCCACAUUGAGAUCAUCAACCCCUAAUGACUGGCAAGAAGGGGUGCUGUGUCUCCUGUACCCAUUUUCAAAACAGAAACUGAGGUCCUUGUCUAUCGUGAUAUAUGACGGAGCCAGAAGUUCCAGUUCCCAUUCCCAGCUCCAUUCCUUUCUUCCAACCUGUGGGUCUGAAAGAUAGGUGGACCGCAUCUCACUGAAAACCCUGAGCACCUCUGCACAUGAGGAGAGACUCUGAGAUUCUCCUCUGUCAGCCUGCGGUCAGGGGUUGACUGGGGUCUGGGUUACCUCAGACAAGGUGUCUUUGACAAACACCUAGAGAAAAUGCCAACAUUUGCCUGACUCUACCGGAAGUAGCACAGUGCCACCUCGGGUGAAGGACGGGAAGCUGGCCUUAGUGACAGGUGCAGCUGGUCAUGCUGAUGAGCAGCUGAGGACCCUGGGGGCUAACGGAGAAUAGAAGUUCAUGGUACUCCAAUUCUGUCUCCACAAGAUCCUUACCUGAACUCCUCUCCCUAAGGCUGUACAACGAAUAGGGCUCCCUCUGAUAUUAUCCCAUCCCUACUCCUAUUUCCAUUCUUGGUGACUUUAUCAUUGUUCAGAUUGUCCUAUCAAUCUCCUUGCUCUAAUAAACCAUUUUUGCUUCCCUC